ACCAUCCCCGGGGAGAAGGGUUGCUAUCUGAGGAAGGGCAGUGAAAGUGCGAGGCCACUUUGAACUAUUUCAUGUGCACGCUGUACUGCACUCCGCAACAUUUUAACUAAUCAUGGAACGGGACAGGACAGCGAGCACCCGGGAAAAACUUCAGUGGACUAGGUGUUCAUGACCGAUUUUUUUGGACCGAUUUUUUGGGGAUGCCAUGCGUUUUAAACCAUGGAAUUACAAAUGAUUUGGCUAUGGAUAUGUUUUCUAUCACACAUUCCAGUGUUUGCAUUUUUUGAUGUACACGUUUCUGAUCAUUUUCAGCCUGGAGUAGUGCUCGGAAAUGUCUCUCUUGGACGGGGUUGGAUCUAUCAAAUAGACAGGACUUUAACUCCUAAAUACGUGAGGCACAUUUUCAAUAUUGAAAGACAACAUGGAAUUGUAUAUUUCUCAGGAAAAGUGAAUUGUGCGAAGUUGCCGAAGAACCCAGCGCCGCUUUACAUUCAGAUCCAAUCAAUUACCUCGGAAAACUUUAUUUUAAUUAACUUCAAUACUUUUGUGCAUGGGCAAAAUUGUUUAAUUAAAUAUAGGAGUAAGAGCGCCGAAGGUAAGCCCGAGAUUUACAUGAACGUUCUCUCAAAAGUGGCGACUUCGCCAUGCGUCUCUACCAGUAUUUUGCUUUUGAACAUUUAUGAACAUUUACCACUAUUUACUCGACAACCUCACUCGUAUCGUUUAUCAUGUACGGGAGGGAACUGGAAAGCCGUGUUUGAUAACGGGAGUUUUUCUCCAAACUGUCUGCAAUACAAUGAGCGGAACGAGUUGGAUUUACUCUGCAGGGUGCAAAAUCUAUGGAAUUACACCACUGUCCGUGUAAAAUUGCGAUUUAAUUCUCUACGUAGUCAUGCCAUGUUUACAGACAAGGAUUUGGGGAGACUGGAUUCAUUGACCAAACGCAAAAAGAGAAAUGUGAAUACCGCUCCCCAGUUUCAACUGCCCAACUAUCAGGUGUCUGUCCCGGAGAACGAACCCGCGGGAACUCGCGUAAUUACGCUCAAAGCACUGGAUACCGACGAUGGAGAUGCUGGUGAGGUUGAAUAUGAUAUGGAAGCGCUGUUCGAUAGCAGAUCCAAUAAUUAUUUCCAAAUCAACUUGCAGACCGGCAGCAUCACAACUUUGCAGCCUUUAGACAGGGAGGUCAAGGAUACACAUGUAUUUAAAGUUAUUGCUACAGACAAUGGCAUCCCUAAAAGGUCGGCCACUGCUUACCUCACCGUCACUAUUAGUGACACUAAUGAUCAUGGGCCUGUGUUUGAGCAGACAGAGUACAGGGUCAGCAUUAGGGAGAACGUCGAGGUAGGCUUUGAAGUGUUGACUAUAAGGGCCACAGAUGGGGAUGCCCCAUCAAAUGCCAACAUGAUCUAUAAGAUUGUGAAUGAGGAAGAAGAUAAUGCUGGUUUUGAAAUCGACCCUAGAAAUGGACUAGUCAAGAUAAGGGUUCGGCCUGACAGAGAAACCUUGACCCAGUAUCUGCUGAUAGUGGAGGCCAAUGACCAGGGUAAAGACCCAGGCCCCCGCAGUGCCACGGCUACAGUGUAUAUCUCUGUGGAGGAUGAGAACGAUAACUACCCCCAGUUCAGUGAGAAAAGGUAUGUAGUCCAGGUGCUUGAGAGCGUGGCAGUGAACACCAAAGUGGCCCAGGUGAAGGCCACAGACAAAGACGAGGGCAACAAUGCAAAAGUCCACUACAGCAUCGUCAGUGGCAACGUGAAGGGCCAGUUCUACAUCCAUUCCCCUACAGGUGACAUUGAAAUAAUCAACCCCCUAGAUUAUGAGAUCAUCAGGGAAUACAAUCUGAGAAUAAAGGCACAGGAUGGGGGAAGACCACCUCUGAUUAAUGGCACAGGGAUGGUUGUAGUGCAAGUUGUGGAUGUCAAUGAUAACGCCCCUAUGUUUGUUAGCACACCCUUUCAAGCCACAGUAUUGGAAAAUGUGGCUAUUGGUUAUUCUGUGAUUCAUAUUCAGGCUAUUGAUGCAGACUCCGGUGACAACUCUCAUUUGGAGUACAGACUAACAGACAUGGCUCCAGGCUUUCCCUUCACCAUUAACAACAGCACAGGGUGGAUUACAGUCAGUGUAGAGCUGGACAGGGAGACCACUGACUUUUACACUUUUGGCGUAGAAGCAGUGGAUCAUGGGGUUCCUGCCAUGUCUUCCUCGGCCAGUGUCAGUGUGACGGUGCUUGACGUGAAUGACAAUGUCCCCACUUUCACUCAGAGAAUGUAUAGCCUUAAAAUUAAUGAGGAUGCUGUGGUGGGUACCAGUGUACUAGCACUCUCUGCCAUAGAUCGGGAUGCCAACAGUGUGGUAACAUACCAGAUCUCCAGCGGCAAUACGCGGAACAGGUUCGCCAUCACCAGUCAGACUGCUGGGGGAGUUAUCACCCUGGCACUGCUGCUGGACUACAAACAGGAGCGCCAGUAUGUCCUGACGGUGACCGCCUCAGAUGGCACACGCUACGACACAGCGCAGGUCUUUAUCAACGUCACCGAUGCCAACACCCACCGGCCCGUGUUCCAGAGUGCCAACUACCAGGUGAUGAUCAGCGAGGACCAACCGGUGGGCUCCACCGUGGUGGUAAUCAGUGCCACAGAUGAGGACACAGGAGAGAACGCCCGCAUCAGCUACGUCAUGGAGGAUAACGUGCCACAGUUCAAGAUCAACCCUGACACAGGUGGCAUAACCACGCAGAUAGAAAUCGACUAUGAGGAUCAGGCCUCCUACACACUGGCUAUCAUUGCCUGCGACAACGGCAUCCCUCAGAAAUCUGACACCACAUAUGUGGAGAUCAUCAUCCUGGAUGCUAACGAUAAUGUGCCACAGUUCCUCAGGGACAUAUACCAGGGGACCGUGUUUGAGGACGCAGCUGUGUACACCAGCGUCCUCCAGAUUUCUGCCUCUGACAGGGACUCCGGGUCUAAUGGGAGGCUUAGUUACACCUUUCAGGGUGGGGAUGAUGGAGAGGGGGACUUCAUCAUUGAGCCGUACUCUGGCAUCAUUAGAACAGCCAGGAAACUGGACAGGGAGAAUGUGCCUGUGUACAACCUGAAGGCCUUUGCUGUGGAUAAGGGGGUUCCGCCUCUUAAGGCAGCCGUGGACGUCCAUGUGUCCAUCCUGGACAUCAACGACAAUGCUCCUGUGUUUGAAAAGGACGAACUGUACGUCUGUGUAGUGGAGAACAGUCCUGUGGGUUCUGUCGUAGCCCGCAUCACCGCUACAGAUCCCGACGAGGGAACAAACGCGCAGAUCCUGUUCCAAAUAGUGGAAGGAAACGUCCCAGAGGUCUUCCAAUUAGACAUCUUCAAUGGGGAUCUUAUCGCCCUUACUGAUUUAGACUACGAGUCGAAGAUGGAGUACACAAUCGUCGUCCAGGCAACCUCUGCACCGUUAGUCAGCCGCGCCAUCGUGCACAUCCGCCUGCUGGAUGUCAAUGACAAUUCCCCUGUCCUACGUGACUUUGAGAUCAUCUUCAACAACUACAUCACCAACAGGUCCAACAGCUUUCCGGCUGGGGUGAUCGGGAAAGUUCCAGCCCAGGACCCAGAUGUGUCAGAUAAACUCCACUACAGUUUUGUGGAAGGCAAUGAGCUGAGUCUACUCAUCCUGAGCCAGGACACAGGGGACUUAAGGCUGAGCAGAGACCUGGACAACAACCGGCCCCUUGAGGCCACCAUGAAGAUAUCAGUCACAGACGGUGUCCAUCGCGUCAUGGCCCUCUGCACCCUGCGUGUCACCAUCAUCACCGAUGAGAUGCUGACCAACAGCAUCACAGUGCGCCUGGAGAACAUGUCCCAGGAACGCUUCCUGUCCCCGCUCCUCUCCCACUUCAUGGAGGGCGUGGCGGCCGUCCUAUCCACCAGCCGCACCGGUGUCUUCGUCUUCAACAUCCAGAACGACACGCACGUCCAGGGGAGCAUCCUCAACGUCACCUUCUCUGCCCUUCGCCCUUCUGGGGGAAACGAACUUGGGGGGUCCGGGGGCACCAUCCCCACUGGAAGAUUUUUCCCCUCAGAUGCGCUGCAGGAGCAGAUUUACCUGAAUCGGACCCUGCUCACCCUGGUGUCCAGCCAGCAUGUGCUGCCCUUCGACGAUAACAUCUGCCUCCGUGAGCCCUGUGAGAACUACAUGAAGUGUGUGUCAGUGCUGAGGUUCGACAGCUCAGCACCUUUCGUGUCCUCGGAUACGGUGCUGUUCAGGCCAAUCGAACCGGUGACGGGGCUGCGUUGCCGAUGCCCAGCAGGCUUCACUGGGGACUACUGUGAGACGGAGAUUGACCUGUGCUACUCAGGGCCCUGCCAGAACAACGGCAAGUGCCGGAGCAGGGAAGGCGGGUACACUUGCGAGUGUCCAGAGGACUUCACAGGUGAGCAUUGUGAGGUGAACUCCCGCUCUGGCCGAUGCAUCCCGGGGGUGUGUCAGAACGGGGCCAGGUGUGUGGAUCUCCUGGUGGGGGGGUUCGUGUGCCAGUGCCCCCCGGGGGAGUACCAGAAGCCUUACUGUGAAAUGAGCACCCGCAGCUUCCCCGGCCUGUCCUUCAUCACGUUCAGAGGGCUACGACAGAGGUUCCACUUCACAGUGUCCUUCAUGUUUGCCACCAGAGAGAGGAAUGUCCUACUACUUUAUAACGGAAGGUUUAACGAGAAGCACGACUUCAUCGCCUUAGAGAUCAUCGAGGAACAAAUCCAGCUCACCUUCUCAGCAGGAGAAGUCAAAACCACAGUAUCACCCUUUGUCCUAGGUGGGGUCAGUGAUGGCCAGUGGCAUAGAGUACAGCUACACUACUACAACAAGCCCAACAUUGGACGCCUUGGCUUUCCUCACGGACCAUCAGAUGAGAAGGUGGCAGUUGUUGCCGUGGACGACUGCGACAUCGCCAUGGCGAUUCGCUUUGGUGGCCAGAUCGGGAACUACUCCUGUGCCGCUCAGGGCAUGCAGACAGGACAGAAGAAGUCCCUGGACCUCACCGGUCCCCUACUCCUGGGUGGCGUUCCCAACCUGCCGGACGAUUUCCCUGUCCGGAACCGAGACUUUGUGGGCUGCAUGAGAGACCUAACCAUAGACAGCAAGACUGUGGACAUGGCCAGUUUUGUGGCCAACAACGGCACGGCAGCAGGGUGCACAGCGAAGAAGGACUUCUGCACUGAAAGUGUGUGUCUGAACGGAGGAAUGUGUGUGAACAAGUGGAGCACGUACUCCUGUGGCUGUCCCCUAGGCUACGGAGGGAAGAACUGUGAACAAGUCAUGCCCUCCCCUCAGCACUUUGACGGCCAAGCCCUGGUGUGGUGGCGCGAGCCAGAGGUAACCAUCGCCGUGCCCUGGUACAUGGGUCUGAUGUUCAGGACCAGGCAGAGCUCUGGCACCCUGCUGCAGGCCAACGCUGGAGACUUCUCCAAGAUACACAUCCUGAUCAGCGGCAAACACGUGCGUUUCCAGGUGUUCCUGGGGGUGAAGCGGGUGGCCCUGCUGGACUUCCCUAGGUCAGGUGUGAACGACGGGGAGUGGCACCACGUCCUGGUGGAGCUGAAGAGUAUCAAAGACGGGAAGGACAUCAAAUACAUGGCCCUGGUGUCACUAAACUACGGCAUGUUCCAGAGGUCAGUGGAGAUAGGCAACGAGCUGCCAGGCCUGAGGCUGAGGAGUCUGUUUGUGGGGGGCCUGAUGAAGAAGGAUGGGACGGUCCAGAACGGACUCAAGGGCUGCAUGCAGGGCGUGCGGAUGGGCGAGACUUCCACCAACCUGGCUAAUAUUAACAUGCGUCAGGGUCAGAAGAUCCGGGUGGAGGAGGGUUGUAAGGUGGCUAACCCCUGCACCGCUAGCGCCUGCCCCGAGCACAGCCGCUGCACCGACAACUGGAGCUCACACACCUGUGUGUGCCACCCCGGAUACUUCGGGAGUGACUGUGUGGACGCGUGCCUCCUGAACCCCUGUCAGCAUGUGUCCACCUGCGUCCACCAGCCCAGCUCCCCCCAUGGCUACGGUUGCCAGUGUGGCCACAAUUCCUACGGGCAGUACUGCCAGAACAAAGCCAACCUACCCUGUGCUCGCGGCUGGUGGGGGAACCCUAUCUGUGGCCCAUGUAGCUGUGAUGUCAGCAAAGGGUUCUACCGAGACUGCAACAAGACCACUGGGGAGUGUCGCUGUAAGGAUAACUACUACCGGCCCGGGGGGAGGGACACCUGCUACCCCUGCGAGUGUUUCCAGCUUGGCGCCAUGUCACGCUCCUGCCACCCCCACACGGGCCAGUGUCAGUGCAGGACGGGCGUGAUCGGGCGCCAGUGCAACCGUUGUGACAACCCCUUCGCUGAGGUCACCUCCAGCGGCUGCGUGGUUGUGUAUGAGGGCUGUCCCAAAGCCUUUGAUGCAGGGAUCUGGUGGCCAACGACCCAGUUUGGACAACCCGCUGCAAUGAAGUGUCCCAGGGGAUCCACUGGCACGGCCAUCCGCCACUGCAGCGACGAGAAUGGCUGGCUGCCUCCCGAUCUCUUCAAUUGCACCUCUCUCACCUUCUCUCAGCUGAAAAAAGAGGACGAGGAGCUGCAUCUCAACAGCUCCAGGAUGGACGGAGAGAGGUCAAAGGGCAUGGCCAGCAUGCUGCGGAGCGCCACCAACCGCACAGCGGCCCUCCAGGGCAACGACGUGAAGACGGCCUACAGCGUCCUGACCCGCCUGCUGCAGUACGAGAGCCAGCAGCUGGGCUUCGACAUGGCCGCCACAAGAGACGUCCACUUCCAUGAGAACAUGGUCCGAGCGGGCAGUGCCAUCCUGGACCCUGCUAACAAGGGGCACUGGGAUCAGAUCCAGCGUUUCGAAGAUGGCACGGCUCUACUUCUGCAUAGCUUUGAGGAGUACGCCCAAACCCUGGCCCAAAACAUGAGGAAGACCUACCUGAAACCCUUCACUGUUGUCACGGACAACAUGAUUGUUUCUGCGGAUUACUUGGACCCGUCCAAUCCAGAACAGGCAAACAUCCCGCGUUUCCAAGAGAUCCAGGCCUAUCCAAAAGAGAUGGAGUCCUCCGUCCGCUUCCCAGAGUUCCCAACACAGCACGAGCAGCCGGUGGGGGUUAAAGCAGUCUCCACGGCACCAGCCAGAGACUCAACAGCCACAGACGACCCCAUAGCAACAGCCACAGACGCCUCUCCUGUCCAGACUGAGUCCACUGUCGGUCACCAGGCGUCUGCCAAGAAGAAGCGUCACGCUGAGGUCCCAGGCCCUCUCCCUGUUGCCGUGGUGAUCAUCUAUAGGACCCUGGGACAGCUCCUGCCUGAAAACUACGACAUUGAUCGUAGGAGCCUGAGACUCCCCAACCGGCCCAUCAUCAACACCCCAAUUGUGAGCACGGUGGUUCACGGUGAGAGGGUACCCUUCACCAUUCCUCUUGCACAACCCAUCACCCUGGAAUAUAGACUACUGGAGACCGAGGAGAGGACCAAACCUGUCUGUGUCUACUGGAAUCAUUCCAUUGCGGUUCAAGGAACGGGAGGCUGGUCUGCCAAGGGGUGUGAGCUGGUGUUCAGGAACAGCACUCACAUCAGCUGCCAGUGCAGUCACAUGUCCAGCUCUGCUGUGCUCAUGGACAUCUCCAAAAGAGAGCAUGGGGAGGUCCUACCCCUGAAGAUCAUCACCUACACCACUGUGUCAGUAUCACUAUUGGCCCUCCUCAUCACCUUCCUCCUCCUGGCCAUCCUCCGGAAGCUCCGCUCCAACCUCCACAGCAUCCACAAAAACCUGGUGGUGUCCAUCUUCCUCUCUGAGCUCGUCUUCCUCUUCGGAAUCAACCAGACUGAGAAUGUGUUCACGUGUACAGUGGUAGCCAUCCUGCUGCACUAUUCCUACAUGUGUACAUUUGCCUGGAUGUUCGUGGAGGGACUUCACAUCUACCGCAUGCUGACUGAGGUCCGCAACAUCAACCAUGGCCACAUGAGAUUCUACUAUGCCAUUGGCUGGGGCAUUCCUGCCAUUAUCACCAGCCUGGCAGUAGGGUUGGAUCCUCAGGGUUAUGGUAACCCAGACUUCUGUUGGCUUUCUGUCCACGACACACUCAUCUGGAGCAUCGCUGGGCCCAUCGCUAUCAUAGUACUGGUCAACAUGACUUUAUUCUUCCUGGCCGCCAAGGCCUCGUACGGAAAGAGACAGUGGACAUUUGAGAAGUCUGGAGCAAUCUGUUCUCUACGCAUAGCCUUCGUCCUCCUGUUGCUCAUCAGUUCUACCUGGCUCCUGGGCCUCAUGGCAGUCAAUAGUGAUGUACUCUCCUUCCACUACCUCUUUGCCAUCUUCAGCUGCCUCCAGGGUGUGUGCAUCUUCUUCUUCCUCUGUAUUUUCAACAAGGAGGUGAGGAUCAACCUGAAGAACGUCCUGACAGGGAAGAAGUCCAUUGUGGAAGAUUCUACUGCCACCCGCACCACUUUACUCACACGUUCUUUAAACGGUAAGUACUCGUUCACGGAGGAGGACGGUUUGUACCGCACGGCCAUUGGAGAGUCCACUGCCUCCCUGGAAAGCACGGUCAGAUCAGCCCACAGCCUCAGCAGCAGCCAGGCCAGGAAUGGCUCGGAGCAAAAGCAUACAACAUCCUCCCGCUCAGCCAAAAAGAGCUACAGUGGGGAGGGAGACUCCUCCAUCUUCAUCCGCAAGCGUUCCAAGAAAGAUAAUUCGGACUCGGACAGCGAGCUCUCGGUGGAUGAGCACAGUAGCUCCUACGCCUCGUCCCACUCCUCAGACAGUGAUGAGGACAGAGGGAGCCGCAAACAUAGGUGGAACAACGAGAGACCGCCCCAGCACAGUACACCCAAAGUGGAUACGGCGGCCAAUCACACGAAGCCUCACCGGCCAGUUGAGCCGCCGACAGUCAGUGAGAGCGAGGAGCCCUGCGGGUUGGAGACGCUGCGUAUGGAGACCAAGGUCAACGUGAAGCUCCACCAGGACAGAAAAGGCAAUGGGGAGUCACCCUCCCAGAACGGUAGCGCCACUCCCAGCUCACCUGACAGCAACCACACAGAGAAGAGAAGGGGCAUUCUGAAAAACAAGAUCACUUACCCUCCCCCGCUGACUGACAAGAACAUGAAGAAUCGCCUGCGGGAGAAAUUGAGCGACUACAACCCCCCCACCAUCUCCCCCAGAACUACCCCAGUCCCCGUCCCCCCAUCUCCCGUCUCCCCCCGUCUUGGCGCUGUGACCGGGGGAAACCGGGUCCUCAUCAAACCCCCACCUCGCCCACCCGUGCCUCCAUGCCCUCCGUUGUCUCCACAGGACCUGCGCAACGGGUUUGUCAUGACAACGACGAGGACGACAAUGUCGCCAUUGGUCAAUGGUGUCAACGGGGUUCAAUGCGCCCAAGACUCAGACUCAGAUGGUAGCAACGAAACCUCAAUCUGACCUGGAUGGAAUUCCAGGUAGACAACCAAGGAAGAAGGGCUACUGCGCUAAUACCAUAUGUGGGAUUCAAGGGUCACUAUGACCCAUUCCAGUAGGCCACAGGUCCCCUAAACUCAUAUGAAGAUCAGUUGCCUGCCCGCAGACAGUUGCCUGCCCAAGGGAAAAAGGGAAGAAAGUGUUGGACUAAAUCCCACAGGACAGCGUGAAACUACAUGUCCCAGCAUGCAGCAGUGAGUUGGAAAAACAAAACGAUGCACUUCACAGCACGGCCACCAAGUGGCGCUGUCUGUAGUUAUUCAGUGCUGGCGGCAUCAGACAGCAGGUUGGGAUUGAAGACUUUUCUAUCACCAGAUGUGCCACGAUGUGACGCUGACCUCAUGAAUCUUUUGGUCUGUGUUAUUAUCUUGUAGAUAUGUUUUCUUCUUCUUCUUUGUUACUUGUUUAUAGGACAGGAAGAACUCAUUUGUACAUUGUAAGUGUUAUUAUUGUAAUAUGAUAUGGGACAUCGUGUGUAAGAUAUGACACUCAACAAGGUUUUUUACAGAUGUUUUAUAAAUUUGCCCCCAGUCUGAAAAUACUCUGCUGAUUAAUAAUGUGAUUUUUAAAGUAUUCAAACACUCACAUAGUAAGUGCAGCUGAACAAACGCCAUCUUAAAGUAGUAAUUGUAACAUAGGGAGGUGCGUUCAUCUCUGUAUUAGAGUGUAAGGUCUUGUCCAUUCCAAUGGUAUCUAAAUCAAGUUCUGGUCGCUGAAUGACUUUGAAUGAGAAAAAUGCACUGAAACCUUAAUACUUGCAUUACAAGCUCCAGUCAAUAUCAGAGUAAUAUGUAGAAAUGAAUUGCUACUCUAGAACGGUUAGUAGAAGCACUAAAGGUGCUUAACUUGGCAUGUUGUGUCAUUGCAACCCUUCUUUAUAUUCCCUAUCGUUGUAUCUUUCCAUGUACACAUCUCCGGAGGUCCUCAAGCCGUAGAGCAUUGUGAAAAGGUCAGCCAGUAGCAUGUCUGUAUUCUGAUUUUCAACUCAUUAGAAUAGUAAGUUACAGUAUUAUUUCCAAGAGAACAGUAGUCAUUUUAGGUAUCAACAGCGUGCCUUUCUCCCUGCCAGCGCAGAGCAUAGUGUCUAAAUGCAAGAUAACCACUACGGUCUACUUCAAUGAUACCUUCAUCCCUCAGAUCUCCUUCCGCUAUUUCAUGUUUUAUACAGAUGGGUCUGUUCUCUUUCGAGUACUUGUAUCACACGUGAGGUUUCGCUGGAGGUGGAUCCCUACGAAGAACCAAUCACACAACGUCUGUCGGACACAGGUGAGCCCUCCCCUCCUUCAUAAGGCGCAACUCACUGGCCACCGGUCAAUCUGGUGUCUGAAGGAUGCCGACGAGACGCCCGGUGUAAGAACGAGAAGAAGAAAGAGAGGGGAGAGGAAAUGCGGAGAAGAUGGCGGAAACUGAGGUUUUGUUUGAAACUGCUAGUGAGUCGGGUGAAGCUAAGAGCACAGAAAGUGAGAAUGAGUGGGUGACAGUGUUGAAGAAGAUUGGGACGCAAGAGAUGUAAAAGUUGUGUAAAAUAGGAAAUCCCUCGACUAGUUUUUAGUCCGACUGAGGGUUUUAGGUACCUGGGAAAUCCAUUUAACGUCUCGAGGAGAAUCUGGAAUGUGUUAGAGGAACGUGUGGCGUUGGUGAGAGUCACAGGUUUUAUUUCCAUUUUUUAGUGUGCCCACGGAACGUGUUUUAAGACUAAAACAGAUAGUCGAUUUUCGUAGCAGGGUGCCUACCAAGGGGGUUAUUUCUGCGGUGGAGCAAGAAAUAAAGAGGAUAUUACCGACGACAUCGAUGGAGUGGUUGGUGCCCGUCGACUGACCUGUACAGUGGACGGAGAAAAGACAUUCACUUCCUCCAGGCUACUGUUCUUUGAUGAGGAGUCUCUCCCUUCUCAUAUCAAGUUAGGAUUAAUGAGAUACCUCGUUGUGUCAUAAAUGUAAACGAUUUGGUCAUGUGUCAAGUGUGUGCAGAAGGGAAGAGUACCGUAUGCCAGGUGAAGUGAAAUGAGGCAACUGCGGAGGUGAACAUGAGCCCCCGGAUUCCUGGAAUGCCCUGUUAGGGUGAGGGAGAAUGAGGUGUCCAGCGUGUCUCCUAUCUUGAGGAUGUGAGAAGAGUGGAAGGAGUGAGUGGCGGGGAUGAAACAGUAGAGCCACCUUCCGUCGGCAUCCUUCAGACACCAGUGAAGGCUUCUCAUCAACCGAGGGAUCAUGAAAUGUUACAUGUUAAAAAGGUGGACUUUGUAUUAUUCAUUUCAAUGGCCAUAAACGGUACAGCACAAGGCGGAGAAGAAGUUUAGGGAAAUUGGAAUCAUUGUGAAUGCAGCUGAACGUUCUUCAGGGUCUUCCGCCGUCACAGGCCCCUGAGCCUGUGCAGGGUUGUACUUUUGGAGUGGACUGUGAUUGAAGAAGUGGGAUGGGUUUUUGUUAGUUGGCGUGUUUCAUUUUGUAUGGUGUCGUUUUCCCCCUUUCCCACAAUGUUUUUUUUUCGUUUCUUAUUCAAUACCCCAUCCAGCUUAAUGCCCCAUUAACCGCCGUUAAACCCCAUCGAAUAAGUACAACACUGGUCAUUCUCACCUACUACGGGCUCCUGAAGCUCUCCCUCAGCACAACUAGAAUCCUGUCUUUCUACUUAAUCUUUAUCUCGCGACGUCACCGCUGCUGAACAUAGUACCGCUCCUUUCGAUCGUGUUUUUUUUCUUCCUGACUCCAUUUCUGCUUCUGUUUUUCCCUGCCUCCCUUUGGAUAGUGGAGGCUUUUAUAUUUACUGAUAAUAGCAAGUGGGUUCACAGCCCACUGAGGGCAGAUUUUUUUUUACCAGAGAGAGGUAUUGGCUACCUCUUGGGAACUCUUCACAGACAUCUCAUUUUGUAGGAGAUUUGCAAUGCGACAUGUCGGGCCGCCCCUCAUAUGUUUAUGAGGUUUUACUGAAUGGAAUCGCUGCACCUUCGUUAGCGCAUUCUAUCCUCAGUGUCGGAGCCUCUGCGGGGUAAAUGCAAUUGGGAUUACCCUGGGUUCUGGUAGAGCCUCUCUGAGAUAUGGGAGUUGGCAAAGAUUCCCCACAUGUGAUACGUCAACAUUAGUAUUUGAAAGAGAACUUAAGGUUACUUUUGUAACCACGGGUUCUCUGAUAAUGAGUGAGACAUAUCACCGCAUUUCUCUGCUCGCGAGGAAUCGAGGCAUGCUUGAGAUUGACCAGAGGGCGGGGGUGAGUGCGCAUUAUAAGGAGGGAGGGCUCAUUUCAUUCGCCACUUGACCUGUCUGUCUGCUGUGAUUAGUUCUUCACAGUGAACCGCCUUCAGCGAAUCCCCAUAUGUGAUACGUCUCACUCCUAUUAUCAGAGAACCGGGGUAACGAAAGGGACCUUUAAGAUAUUGUUUCACAGACACUGGAAUCGUUAUUGUAAUAUGCAUUUUUUUGUGAAAAGACACUGGAAAUUAGACUUUAGGAACAGUAAAAUAAACCACAUUUGUAUUAUU